AUGGGUGCGCUGAUUGCUGGCGCGCAGCACAGAGGGCUGUUUGAGGAGCGACUGAAAGCGGUCUUGAAGGAAGUGAAAAAGUCGAAGAUCCCAAUUAUAUUGUUCACCCAAGACACUUACACGGUCUUGGGUGCCGGUGCAACUAAAGAGGGUGUAAUGGAUGCAGCAAACAUCCUGAGGCCGAUAUUGUCGAGAGGGGAGUUGUGGUGCAUUGAAGCGACAAUACAAAAAAAUGACAUUGAUACAAACUUCUUGCCAUAUAAGCAAUCGAUUUGGUCAUUAGGCCUGUGUAAUACUCUUUACACAAAAAACUCACAACCAGAGGAGGUCGACAACUUGGAAAGAAAAGACACACAACUGACAGUUAAGAAGAUCGCAAAUGAGGGAGCUGAAGCAGACAACAAGUGA